AUGGACGAGGAAGACUGGUCCAGCGACGACGAUGCGGAGAUCACCCGCGGCAGGAAGCGCGCCGCGGCGUCCGAAGGCAGCGAGGACGAUGACGACGCCGAGGACCCCAACGAUCCCUACGGCGAUGGCUUCGGCGACGACCUCAUGGGCGACGACGACGAUCGAGCGCGUCUCGCGGGCAUGACGGAGCUCGAGCGCGAGGAGAUCUUAGCCGACCGCAGGGACGCGCGCGCCAAGAUCCAGGACCGCAAGCGGAUCAUCCAGAUGGCCCGCGAGAAGAAGGAGCGCGAGGCGGGGGGCAAGAAGAAGUUCAAGCCCUCCGACGUGCGCAAGAAGACGCUCGAGGAUGCCAAGGGUAAAUCGUCGCGCGCGCAGGCGCUGGCGGAUAUCGCGAAGAAGAAGGACGCGUCCAGGCGCCGACGCGUGGACCGCGACGACGACGACGACGACGACGACGACGAGUACGGCUCGGACGACGACGUCUCCCUCGAGGACGAGGAACUCACCGGCAUCCUCCCCCAGCGGGAGAAGCGAGCCCCGCGAUCGAGAAAAACUGCGGCCGAUUCCGAGGAUGACUACUCGGACGACGACGACGAGGAGGGCGGCGGCGACCGCGUCCCGGCGUCGGAGAUUCAGAUCAUGUCCAUCGUCCUCACCAGGGACACGCUGUCGCGGUGGAUCACCGAACCUUUCGUCGAGACGUGCGCGCCGGGCUGCUUUGUUCGCAUCAGCGUCGGCGUGAACAGGCACACGGGCGAGAAUAAGUACGCUCUCGGCGAGAUUGUCGGCGUCGCGGAGGGCAAGCACAAGGCGUACAACCUCAAGGAGUACGAGUACCCGCACAAGGGGAGCGGGAAGUGGACGAACAAGUGGCUCCUGCUGCGGUACGGCCGCGACGAGCGCGCGUUUAUGAUUGCGGAGGUUUCCAACUCGCCGGUGACGGACGCGGAAUACGGGGCGUGGAGGGCGCAGCUGGAGAAGGACGGGGUGAAGUUCCCGCAGCUCAGGGACAUCAACGCGGCGCAGUCCAACAUCAAGGCCGCGCAGGACUACCGGUACACGUCCGAGGAUAUCCAGAAGAUGCUCAGCAAGCGAGCGGAGAAGAGGUUGGGGCUGCAACAAAACCUGGCGUCUCAGAAGGAGAACAUUCGCCGCCUGAUCGAGCGCGCGAAGAUGGACGGCGACGACGAGGCGGUCGCCAACCUCGAGGAGCAGAUGGCGCAGGUCAUGGAGAAGCUCAAGGUGCGGCUGGACAAGGGCGGAACCGCGGAGAUGAUGGCGGCGAUCAACAAGAAGAACAACGCCGUCAACGACGCGAACUUGUCCCGCAUCGCGUCCGAGCAGGUGGCGCGCGCCAAGAGCGGCGCAGCCGAUCAGAGCGCCAACGACCCGUUCAGCCGCCGCCCCACCAAGGCGGCCACCUACUACGCCAUCGGGAAAGGGAAGGAGGAGGGGGCGGAGGAAGGGGAGGCAAAGCCGAAGACUCCCGCGGCGGUGAAGACCUCGGGGGGCGGGAAAGACGCAGCGCGGGCUCCGAAGACGCCGAGGGCUGGGCUCAACUCGUACAGCGUCGCGGCGCGGGUGAAGCGCGACGUGAUCGUCAGGGCGCACGACGUCGACGUGAGCGUGCACCCCGCGCUCGCGGGUGGCGAGGAUCCGAUGUUGUCGAAGGGUCUGCGGAAGGGCCUCAUUCCGGUGCUGAGGCGCGCGAUGCUCGGCGGGCGCGGGUUGCUCGCGGCGGACACGCGCGCCGCGCCGGUGAAGACGUUGUCGCUGCACGAGUACAAGGCGAGGCUCGACCAGAUGGACGAGUGAUGA